GUGGCGCAGCUGCAUGGGCCGCUGCCAUCCCAGAGCUGUCUGGGAAGAGAGCAGCUCCUCUCUCUCCUGGCUCAGUCUGACAUGGAGACGGCCCGGCCGUCUCCUCUAGCAAGUCCUGCUGUUUGCCAGCUGCCUGCUUGUCAGCACCUGGUCUCCCUGGGUCUCCCUACCUGUGCCUGGUGGCUGCCGUGUGGAGCCGGCAGCGGCGGCAGCCUGUCCUCUCGGAGGGAGGAUUCUGGGCUCUGGCUGCCCGCUGUCAUUGUGUGAGGUGGCCUGCGGAUCACCUGCGGGGAACAGAAGGAGAGGGAUUGAGCGCCCACACUGGCCCGACAGCACCCGCUGUGCCACCGGGCCCACUGGGCCCACUGGGCCUGGGCCUGGGCUUUGCCUGCCCCAUGGAUGGCAGAGCUGAGCGUGGCCAAGCUGCUCUCUGCCCCUCGUCUCCAAGCUUCCAGGGCCACGUGGGCCUUGGCCUUCCCAGGCAUCGUUGGCUCUGUGUGGAGAUGCUCCCAGGUGUCAGGAAGCGCAGUGCUCAGGCUGUAAGGUGCUCAGGGCCAGCUGGCCGGCUCUCCCCAGCACCGCGUCCCUCCUCCUGCUGCUCUCCACACCAUCCCGUCAUGCUGCUGGUCUCUCCCUCACUCCCUGAGCCUCACCUCAUCCUGCUCCUGUCCGCUCGGCAGCCCUUGGUUGGGCUGAGAGUGAGCCUUAGGCUCCUCUUCCUUCAGCAUCUCCAUGUCCGGAGACCAGAGAAAAGCACCAAGUCGAGCUGCUGCCUCCUGACAGAGCUGCUCUCCUCGGAGUGAGCACCCGAGGGCUCUGGCCCUGCCAGGAGCUGCGGAGCUGCGGUUACCCGUCCACAUCACAAUGGCCUCUGGGCGUGGUGCCGCCCAGGCAUCACAAAGGCCUGGCUGUGGCUGUGGGCCCACAGAGGCCCAUGUGCUCGCAGCUGCCCUAGGGAUAGCAGCUGGCGUGCCCACAGGGAGGCCCGGGUCAGCAGGGUCCCCUGUGUUCUUCUGCCGUGCCUCCCUUUGCUCAGCCCCGUGCUCCUCUGUGGGCUCUCCCGUGCCUCCGACACCCCCAUGUGCUGGGCACCCGAGACUGGGCACAGCUCUCUCAAGGCCGCCCGUGCUGGUGAAGUCUUUCCACCUAAAGCAUGUCCUGUACCACCAGGGUGCUGCCCUCGUCCAGCAGUGCCCCUCCAGUGGCACUCCAUUCCUGUUUUUGGAGCUGCUGGUUCCCACUGUCCCACAAGGGGGGUCUGCCCCCAUGUCUGGACUAGCAUCCACCUUCUCAAGCCAUCUCUUGCUAAAGAAUCGUAGAAUGGCCUGGGUUGGAAAGGCCCACAGUGAUCAUCUGCUUUCAACCCCCUGCUGUGUGCAGGGUCGCCAACCAGCAGACCAGGCUGCCCAGAGCCACGUCCAGCCUGGCCUUGAAUGCCUCCAGGGAUGGGGCAUCCACAGCCUGCUUGGGCAACCUGUUCCAGUGCCUCACCUCCCUCUGUGUGACAAACUUCCUCCUCAGAUCCAACCUAAACCUCCCCUGUGUCAGUUGAAAACCACUCCUUGUCCUGUCACUAUCCACCCCAUAAACAGCCAUUCUCCCUCCUGUUUGUACGCUCCCUUCGAGUACUGGAAAGCCACAAUAAAGUCUCCCUGGAUCCUUCUCCAAGCUAAACAAGCUCUGUUCCUUCAGCCUUUCUUCAUGGGAGAGCUGCUUCAGCCCUCUGGUCAUCACAGUGCCCGCCCUCCCUUUCUGUGUCCACCCUGGAAGGUGGUACCUACAGCCUGUCUCUGGUUCUCAGUGCCCAGUCGACAGAAAUGCAAUACCUGUGAGCAGAGCGCAUGGAGCUGCAGUCAGGUGUUCUACUCAAAAACUUGAUCAGGUCUCUGGUACCGGAGAACAACAUCCCCCGCUCCACAGUCACGCCUCACUCGCGCCAUGGCUGCUUGGCAGGACGUGCAUGCGUGAGCAGCUGCUCUCAAGGGUGAAGCACAGCAGGAGUAAAACUUGGUCUAAACUCUCUGAGCAGCACCUCGAGAGCUCCCUGAGAGCUGCUGAGAUGGCCAUCAAGCCCGAGUGACACCUUGGUUUGUGGGAAACCGAGGCAGCCCCUCUUCUGUGGGGGCAGCCCGGGCAAGCCAAAAGGCUGGGCACCCACAGAUUAGCUGCUGUCUUCCCACGGAGGAAAUACACACCCAUAAAUAGUGGAGUUCCUGGCAACCAUCGGCGUGUAGUUUGGCUCCCAUGCAGACCUGGAAAUUGCCUCUGCCAUUAGCAGCAGAGCAUUUGUGCCAAAAGCAGGCAGAGGACGUCUUCUUCAGCGGCUGGGUAGAAGCACAGGAAAGUCCUAGCAAACGCAGCCUCAUCAAGGUUCUGGUGUGUUUUGUGAGCAGAAGCGGAGCAGAGGGGCCACUCUCAAGCAAGUCACUGCUGUUGCCCGACUGCACAGCCCUCAGGCACUGCCCGCGUCUCCUCUCCCCUCCUGCUCUCUGCCUCCUGCUCCCUUCUUCUGAAUCCACUCCUGGUGACCCCCAGCUUACAACAAGGGAAUGCCUCGCUGUUUGCAUCGUUAUCAUUUUUGGUUAAAAUCACGGGAGCGCAACUCAAAGAAGUUCACAAAGCUGUUUCUGCUGAAAGAGCAGGCUCCCCUUCCGCACCGCCCCAAGCUGGAAAGCCCACCUUGAGAAACCAUUUCCUGCACUGUCAUAAUCAAAAACUAAAUCUUGACACCCAGCCGAGGUGUCCUGUAAUUAGAGGUGGUACAAAUCACUCUCUGGUGCCAUUUUGCGUAGUUCUGAUUUUAAUACCUGAUUUUAAUAUCCUGCAGAAAAUAGCUCUGGGUCUCCAAAGUGAUUAUUUGCUCCAGAACAGUCACAUUUAAACUCUUGUCAUCAGACAGUCCCUGUUCUGACAACUCAAGAGCAGAAACAGGUAAAUAUAUAUAUAUGUAUAUAUAUUCAGUGCUGGCAGUUCUCCCAGUGCGUAUGCAUGACAAGCUGGGACACCCAGGAGCAGCGCAGAGCCGUCGGACCACGUUGACAUCGCAGUCAUAGUGAGGCACUGUCACACUUUGUCGCAGUGCCUGGGUGGACCCUCAGCCCCACAGGGCACCUGUGGAACCACUGCAGGUUUGUGAAGGUCGACUGCAGGCACGCUUUCGUCCUAUGCGGACCAGCUAAGAUGCCAAACACUGACAAAGACAAGAAGCUCCUCCACAAGCUGGGCUUCACGCUGGGGGAGACCUUAGGAGAGGGUGCGUUCUCCACGGUGAGGGCGGCCACCUCCCCCAAGUACACGGUCCCCCUAGCUAUCAAGAUGGUGGACAAGCGAAGGGCCUCUCCAGAAUUUGUGGAGAAGUUUCUGCCCCGGGAGCUCUCCAUCCUGCGUGAGCUGGAUCAUCCCAACAUCGUGCUCAUCUUUGAGAUCUUUGAGCUGACCGACGGCAUGGUCUACAUCGUGAUGGAGUCGGCAGCCUUCGACCUGCAGCAGCGGCUGCAGCAGCUGGGCAAGCUGCCCUGCGUCCCCGACGCCCGGGACAUCUUUGUGCAGGUGGUGGGGGCCGUGCACUGCCUCCACGACCGCAACAUCGUGCAUCGUGACCUCAAGUGUGAGAACACACUGCUCAGUGCUGAUGGCCGCCAGGCCAAGAUUGCUGGCUUUAGCCUCAGCAAGGAAAUGAGCAGCUACCCAGAACUGAGCAGCACCUUCUGCGGAACAGAAGCCUACAUGGCCCCGGAGAUGUGGCUGCAUUACCCCCACGAUGCCAAGAAGUUGGACAUCUGGAGCCUGGGGGUGGUCCUUCUUGCCGUGGUGACUGGCAGCUUGCCCUUCCACGGCUGCCUCUGCAACACCAUCCAGCAUCAGAAGGAUGGGGUCCAGCACCUGAGGGGGGUGUCCGCGCUGCCGGAGCCCUGCCAGGCCCUCCUUGUCCAGCUGCUGCAGUUCUUACCAUCCUCCCGGCCCAGCGUGGCGCAGGUGGCCAGCAACAGCUGGCUGAAGGGGGAUAUCUAAGGGGAAUCCUCCCCAGAGAAUGUGCCAGGACAGCCAGCUUUUGGUGCAAUAAAUGCUGUUGAAGAAAAGCUCUUGAGCAGUUUGACUAGCAGGGCGUGGGUGGGAUUGAACUUCAAGUGCUGGCAAGACUUGGUCAAGAACUUGGUCAAACCCCUUCACAAAGCAGAUGAAUAAACCUGCCAUCGGUUAGGCUUCAGGCUCUGGUCGCUGUAUUGAGUGAGGGGUUAGAGCACACCACGGAGCUGCUCGCAUAGCAGUGGCUGUCUGAGCAAAUAAGGGGGCCAGGCCCAAGCUCUCCCACUGAUCCAGCUUUGGUAGCCACCGGCCUGUACUGAGCUUUAGAUCACACCGGAAUACUCAAAAACAAACAAACAAACAAAAACCCUCACAGCAGAAUGUUUACAAGCAAUCCAACAGCAUUACCGACCCAGAAGUUCUGGGGUGGCUUUCAGAUCCAUGCCUUAACUUCAACCACGUCUUGCAGGCAUGGAAUAAUGACAGCAUUCAAAGUCUCUGCCCAGAGGUACCGGAUGAGAAAGAAACAUCCUGGCCACAGAGGCAAUCAGCCUAGCAAUCACGGUCACCCCCACGGCUCUGUCUUUUCAGGUGCUUCAGUGGUGAAGAACAGAAGUCAGCAGUAGCCAAAAUGUAAUUGCCAGAUGUAUGCAUUGCUUGCUGUCCCAUGUUUUCACGGGUCUAUGCUUAGCCUUGCAAAUUCUAACUCACUGCAAAGUCUGUGUGUCUGCAAGAGUAAAAACGGCUGUCGUCUUGGGAGCCCAAGGUUCCUUGUCCAGGCAGAGCCAGCUGUGGGAGCAAGCGUGGCACUUGGGGCUUGCUUGGGAUUUUGGCUGGAGGAAAGCUGGAAAUCUGCAGGAGUGGAGCUAGCACAGCUGAUGGGGGCAACCACGACAUGGGGUGUGAGUGCCCUCUGGUCUGUGCAGAAUGUAGUUAGGCAAUUUGGAUCCCUUAUUCAGAGCUGGGAGAGAGCCUUCUGCUUUUUUAUGUUCCUAUGAGUUCUUAUGCCCAGGUCUUGUGAAUUCGUGAGAUAAGGAGUUGGCGAGAGAAUUCAAACGUCUUUCUGGGGUGUUAAAUGUUGGUGGAUUUAUUAUCAAGCAAGAGCUACAAUCUGAUUGAAGGUCUGUAAACCAGAGAAGUUGUAAAGCACAGUUGUAGAAUCAGGUAGGAUUACAGAAUGGCUUGGGUUGGAAGGGACCUGACUGAGGCAGGUGAGGGCAUAUCUCACUCCCUCAGGCGGAGGGAGGGGCCCAGUUAAAUCGACCUGCCACGGGUGGAGAGGAUUGUGUCCUCUAGCAAGAUGGGCUGUUGUCUCAGGCCAAGGUCUUGGUCUCAUCUUGGAGCCAGCGUCGCAGUCUCGGCAUGCCUGGGCGAGAUCAGCUCUGAGAAGUCGCCUGGUACUGGUGGCCCGACACCGCUACUCUUCCUGCCUUGUGAUGCAGCAGCAGCAGCAAACCCUGAGCAGCCGCCCAAGCGCCCUCCUGAGCAGAUUGCGCCGUGGCCGGCGCUCACCGCGACUCGCGCCAGAAGACGGGAGAGAUUCUUGUUGGCCAGGGGCUUCAGGCACAAAGACCUCUUCCGUUCCUCUGCCGCUAGAGACAGAGGCUGCUGCUGGCAGAUCAGGCAGCUCGCGGGUGCCGCUGGCAGAUGU